AAAUGGCGAAACUAAAUUUCUUACUUAAAAAUGAUCGAAAUUCAAAAUUGUUUCCUACUGGUGAUUUUUGGUGAUUGCUUAGGACUUGCAUUUAGGCCUGUUGUCAUCGAAUAAUUGUUUCCUAAUUUCAUACCAAUUAGCACAUCAAUCAGAUACACAAGACAGGCCUGUUGUCGUCGUUCCGGCCAUGGAAGAAGCCGGUUCAGCUGACAUCAUGCCACCACCACAAGCAUUAGUCUCUCUUUCCCCGUUCUCUCCUUGCCCUCGUCGCCUUUCAUCCAGAUUCGCCCAGCCGAGUCGACCGGUUGUUCCUUCCGCUAGGCGGCUGGCUUGGUUUUCCCUCCAGGGGCGCCUGUUGAAUGUCAAGGAAGCCAGCUCGGCUCGAGCUAUAGGAGGCGGUCUGGGCCGCGAGUAGGCUUUGGCCUGGGAGCUCUUUAGUCCCAUUGAAAGGUUCUUGAUCGUGGCAGUUAUCGGCGUGGCGACUGCUGAGUCUAAGAAGAAUCGGUUGAUUUGCCAACUCAAAAAAUCGGUCGAGCUAAGGGAUGAGGUGCUUUCAAGCAUGCAGCAGAAGGUAGACAAUCUAUGCGAACAGCUGAAUAACACCAAGAAGAAGCCGGGAACAUGGGCCAAAACCGAUGUAGAAUCGUCAUUCAGUGAAACUUUAGGAUCCGGAAGUGUGCAGGUUGAUGACUGUGGUUGUUGGAUUUGCUAUCAGCAUCGAGAACAGUUAAAAUGUCAGGGUAACUACAUUGUGAAAAACUCGGGUGGGAGUGAGACGGCAUUGCCAACUGAGACGGAACAUGAGGAGCGUCGCAUGUCUGAUUUGUCGGACUUGGCUUCAAGUGUCACAUCUGCAUCUGAAAUCCAGCUGAACAACCUUGCUGUAGAACAAGAUGUCUUCAAUCUUAAGAGGGAAUGCGAAGAGAAGGAUGCGAUCAUAAAGGAGCUAAACACUUGUGUCCUGUCAUCCAAUAUGGCUAGUUUGAAGAGGAUAUCGGAGAUGGAGGACAUCAUACGCAGAAAGAACACGAUAAUUACUCGAUUGAAGAAGGACGUGAUGUUUCUAGAACAAAAGGUUGUCCACCUGACUAGGCUUCAGAGACCUUCCUCCUCUACCUCAAGUCCAAACUGUUGGCAAGUUCCAUCCAUGACAGAUAACCUCAUUUACGACAUGGAUAGUACCACUAGUGCUUCGUCAUCUGAUUCCGAUUCGCCCCCUAAGAACCGUCCGCAAGCUCCGGUUCCCAAAGCUGAGGAUGUUAGUUUCGAGAAUAAUGACAUUGAUUUAAAGAAAAAACAGAAAUCAGCACCUGCAAAAGUACGGAGCUCCUUUACGAGACAAGCCGAAUGCCAUCCGAUGCCUGAACCAGCUACUCCGUUAAGAGAAAUAUCAAUGAAUCACAAGUCUAAACCACCGUCUUCGAGGCAUAGGCAAGUACCGACUAGUCAAGAUUCAAAGAGAAUUAAGAAGCAAACUCCAAGUGUGCCCAAAGAUUCUAUCCUGAGGAAGAGAUGGUCUUAGUAAGUACUUAGAAACUAGAUGGUU